AGUCCUAUACCUCCACUACACUACUUUGAUAUAUGCAUCAGUGGGGAAGUGAGUCUAUGUACUGAAACAGCUAUACACCUCCCCUCCACCACUGACCCUUUUGUGUUUUUACAAAAAACUCUCCUACAUCAGUGCGUUGGUAUUACUGUCCUUUCAGCAUCAAGAACCUGUCACACACUUAAGGCCUAUAAUCGAUAUAAAGACUUCCGGUAUUCACAUUUCCAGAAAGAAGUGUAUAUAUUUGGUCUGGUCGAAGAAGCACGGUUUCAUGGCUUAGUGAAUAGAAGCGGAUAAUUAUGAGUCUGCUGGUCUUGGAAAGAAAUUAUUAAUCACUGUCCCAAGACCGAGUAUCCUACAAAUGUAUCUGACACCGAGACAAGACCGAGACACUCAAAAUGUGGACUGGAGACCUAGACCCGUAUUCAGUACUACAACACGGGACUGUAUGUUCGUCAACAGAAACAGAACGGAGGGUAAGAUGCGGUGUAUUUACACAGCAACACAGUCUAGUCGGGAUAACGACUCGUCUGCCUCUGUUCCACUCCCUGGGAUCAGGGUCCAGAGCAAGUAGAACAUCCAGCGCUGCAGACUCGUUGAAGUAGAAUUUAUCAUCCAAAUCGAGAUAAAUAUCCCUAAAUAAAUCUGCAAUCAUGGGUGAAUUCCUGAAAUACAUUGACUACGAUCACAAGACCAGUUUCCUGAAGAUGUUGAACCAGCAGAGGAUGGAAGGGGACCACUGUGACAUUGUGGUUGUGGUGGAGAACGUUGAGUUCAGAGCUCACCGCUGUGUCCUGGCCGCCUGCAGCAUCUACUUCAAGAAGCUGUUUAAAAAACAGAACGAUGUGGACAACUCCAUCGUGGAGCUCGACUUCAUCCGUUCAGACAUCUUCGAGGAGGUCCUCAAUUACAUGUACACCGCCAGGCUCGCCGUCCGCAAAAAGGACAUCAACCUCAUGAUGUCUUCCGGACAGGUCCUGGGGAUCACGUUCCUCGACAACCUGUGUUCACAGAAACGUGAGCCCAACAUGAAGCCGAGUCGUGAGAACCAGGCGCCAGGGGACGGUAUGAGAGCCCAGGAUGCCAUUUUGAAAGAGUUGGCCAUGGAGGAGGUGAGGAAGAACAGCUUCUACGAUGGAGGGAUGGAGGCCAUGGGCUCCGGGGGGCCUCACGGGGUCCCUCCUCACUUCGGCGGGAACAUGUCUAAAGACCCCCACAGCGCCCACGGCUGGACCUCCUCUUCCUCCUCCUCCAGCGAUAUGAAGCUUGACUACCUGCUGUACGGCCACCGCUCUGACGGCAUCCACCCGGGAAUGAAACCAGGCGGAGAUGGCCCCAAGAAAGACAAGUCCCACCUGGCCCACCGUCCGUUCGCCUGCGAGGUGUGCCCCAAAACCUUUACCACCCAGGCCCACCUCAAAGAGCACCUGAAGAUCCACACGGGCUUUAAACCGCACCGCUGCCUGGUCUGUGGCAAGGCGUUCAUACGAGGGCCCGACUUAAAGCGGCACGAGAGGGUCCACAGCAACGAGAGACCCUUCGGAUGCCAGAUGUGUGAAAAGGCCUUCAAGCACAAGUCCCACCUGCGAGACCACGAGCGGCAGCACCGAGGGGAGAGGCCCUUCAACUGUGGCUCCUGUGAAAAGGCGUUCAUCAAAGCGUCCGACCUGAAGCGCCACUGGAACACGAUGCACAGCCAGCGCAGAACGCUGUCCCCCGCCGCCGCCGCCCCGGGCAGCAUCCAGGGAGACGCCGACACGCAGAGCCAGAGGGACUGGAAGCUAGAGGCUGGGCCACACUCGUAAGGACAGACUGUUACACACACACACCAAGCAUACAUAGUGACACACACACACACCAAGCAUACAUAGUGACACACACACACACCAGGCAUACAUAGUGACACACACACACCAGGCAUACAUAGUGACACACACACACACCAGGCAUACAUAGUGACACACACACACACCAAGCAUACAUAGUGACACACACACACACCCCAAGCAUACAUAGUGACACACACACACACCAAGCAUACAUAGUGACACACACACACACACCAGGCAUACAUAGUGACAGACACACACACACCAGGCAUACAUAGUGACAGACACACACACACCAAGCAUACAUAGUGACACACACACACACCAAGCAUACAUAGUGACACACACACACACACCAGGCAUACAUAGUGACAGACACACACACACCAGGCAUACAUAGUGACAGACACACACACACCAAGCAUACAUAGUGACACACACACACACCAAGCAUACAUAGUGACAGACACACACACACCAGGCAUACAUAGUGACAGACACACACACACCAAGCAUACAUAGUGACAGACACACACACCAGGCAUACAUAGUGACAGACACACACACACCAGGCAUACAUAGUGACAGACACACACACACCAAGCAUACAUAGUGACAGACACACACACACCAGGCAUACAUAGUGACAGACACACACACACCAAGCAUACAUAGUGACAGACACACACACACCAAGCAUACAUAGUGACAGACAGACACACACACACCAAGCAUACAUAGUGACACACACACAUGAAUACACGGCCUGUGAUAUGUAUUGAUGUGUGAUACCCUGAUGAGAAGACGAAAGGAUCGUAACUUGUCUGUUACUGGCAUGACCCAAUGGACUCUAAUCUGAUCCUGUUGAAUCAUUGAACUACGUAUGUUUUUCAUUUAUCCCCUCCCAAAAAAAAUCAUGUAAAAAAAAAUAAUAAUAAUAAUGAUGUAAAACUUUACUUGUCUAUCUAGUUCUACAACCAGUUAUAUUUUUCACAGGGACAAACAUUGUUACUAUUUAGAGGGGGAGGGUCUUCUCUAUAAUAAUAAUUAUAACUUUAUUACACUUUAUCUGUAACAUUUAAGUGUUUUUAUUUUUGUUUAACCUUCCUGGAUUUUAAAAGAGAGAAGAAGAAGAAGAGAGAAAAAAUGAUUCUCUGCAUAAAAUGUGUUGUUCCGUAUAUUCUCCUACAUGUUGAUAGUUUUUCUUUAUUUUUUUUUAUGGAUGUUUAGUUGUGCUGAUUGAUUGAUAUUUACACUGUAUAAGGUAACCAGAGUCACCAUUCUUCAUUUUGAUACAGGUUAAACCUUGGGCCUUUUUUUGUUGUUGUUGUUGUUGUUGUUGAUGGUGAUAGACAGCAAGGCUCCCAAGUCAAUUCUGGAAGUUAAAAGUUAAAAUCCAACCUUUUGAUUUGACAAGCAAUGUGAAUCAUCGUCUGCUCACACAUUAGCAGCAUGAAUCCGACUAGAUUUUACUGUUAUACAGUAUGACUAGCCCAUCAUCAAGAUACCAUCGGAGAGAGAGAGAGACACCACGCCUGUAUAUACUGUAGUGUGCCUAGUUGCACAAUUUAAAACCAUUUAGAACACAACACCGUUUUAUGCACAUUUUAGCGUUGUUCUCUUACACACUGAAAAUAAAACCAUAUUUGAUGAGUUGA